GAUACAACAACGCAAAUGAGAGUGCAUCGCUUGAUCAUCGAUGAGCUAUGUUGUCCCGAAUGGAGGCUUUUUUCUGAGGUAUUCAAUUUACUUAAACAGCAGCAAAUUCAUCAUGCCAACCGAAAUCAAAAAGGUGGUUGUUACCAAAUUUGGAGGUCCAGAGGUUCUCGAGAUCGUCAACGCCACACUCCCAGAUCCGCCACCAGAUCAUGUUCAAGUCAAAAUCCUUUACAGUGGCUUCGCGGGCGCCGACUUGAAUAUGCGAUUGGGACGAUACCCCAUGCAAAAGAAGGCCCCUCUGACCCCUGGUUAUUGUUUCGUCGGCACAGUCUACACCAAUGGCGCCAAUUGCUCGAGAUUCAAGGUCGGAGAUCGCGUCGCUUGUUUGACAGUCUAUGAUUCUGAAGCCACUUAUAUCAACCAGCCUGAAAAGUUCCUGGUUCCCAUACCAGACGGUGUGGACGCCAAGGUCGCGACUGCACUGGUUCUUGACUGGAACACUGCCUACGGCAUGGUCCAAGGACGGGAUUGGAAUGGCAAAAGAGUCUUCAUCCAUGGCAUGAGCGGUGCUGUGGGCUAUGCGCUUACGACACUGUGCAAGUUGCAAGGUGCUGAGGUUUAUGGUACGGCAUCCGCCAGAAACCACGAGGCUUUGAAAAAGCUGGGCGUGACUCCCUUUGUCUACACUGACAAGAAUUGGAUCACGGCCAUGAAGGCUCUCGGCGGCGUUCACGGCGUCUUUGAUGCUCUCGGCUUUGAAAUCUGGGAUGAAUCCUAUUCGAUCCUGAGCGAGGAGAAAAGCAUCCUCUUUGCUUACGGCAUGAACCAAGACACCCUCAACAACGGUGAAACUCGCGGCACCCUAUGGCCCAUCUUGAAAUUGCUGUCCCAGAAUCUCAAAUUCUGGUCUAACAAAUCAACCACCUUUUACUACAUUUCCCGAACACGAUCCAGUUUUCGACCGAGUCUGGAGAAGCUCUUCUCCAUGGUCUUGGACGGCACAGUCACUAUACCGAUCAAGCAAGAGUUUGCGUUGGAUGAUAUCAGAAGCGUUCACGAGAACUGGACUCGCCUUACGGGCAUGGGUUCGGUGGUUAUCAAAGUUGCUUAA